UGUCAUAAAGUCUUUGUGCUGCUGGAGACACAGAGACAUCGAGGCGAGACACGGAGACACGGAGACACCGAGGACACAAACAGCUGGAUCUGAUCCCAGCAGCUGGAUCCUGCUAGCGGCUCUGCUAGCUCCAACACAUCCUCCAGAGAGCUCCGUCUCCUCUUCCAGAAGCUGGUGGUGAGGCUGAUGAUGAGGUGUGAAGAUGGAGGCUCCUGAAUACCUGGACCUGGACGAGAUCGACUUCUCUGAUGAUUCAGUGUAUUCUGUGACGUCUCUGAAGAGCAUCCCAGAGUUGUCCAGGAGGAGUGAUGGCCAGGCCGAGGAGAGGCCAGCUCCCGCCAUCAACUGGAGUCGCAGCGUGUCCUCCCUCGGCGGCGGGGGAAUCAAACCCACGGGGCUCGCCGAGGUCCACAGUAAGUUCCGGCCGGUGAAGAGGGUCUCACCUCUCAAGCACCAACCGGAGACCACCGACUCCGACUCCGACGGUAAAGUCCAGGGCCAGGGGGAGCCGGGGGAGGCCGGUAAGGAUGACCCCAGCUCUGACAAACCCACUCACGCCUCCACCUCCUCUGAUGGGCCGGGAGGGAAGGCGAAGGGCCUGGGCGGAGGCGGUGGCGGAGGCGGUGGCGUUGGAGGGAACAACCCCCAGGCUCUGUUCGGGGAAUUGGAGCACUACGACCUGGACAUGGACGAGAUCCUGGACGUGCCUUAUAUCAAGUCCAGUCAGCAGAUGUCCACGCUGCCUCGCGUCCCCCACGACAAGCGCUCGGUGACGGGGAGCAACCUGGGCGGAGGCACCCUGGAGAGGACCCGAGGAGGAGGGCUGAAGAACUCCGCUUUAGCCCUCAACGAGCCUCUGAGCCUGGGCAGCAGCAGCUCACAGACUCAGUAUUGUGUCCUGUCUCCGGUGAAGUGGUCCGACCUGAGGAAGUCCAAGUCGAUGGAUCCGGACCUCCACCACCUCCACCGCUCCUCCGCCGGAGGAGGCUACCAGUCGGAGCUGCUCUCCUCCGGCCUCCUCAGCUGCUCCUCCUCCCUCUCCUCUUUCUCUGAUGCAGACAAGCUGCUGUCUGCGCGGGUCUACCCAGACUCCCAGAGCCAGAGGCCCAGCGUGGAGCCUCCGGGGGGCCCCAGCAUGAUGUUCCCCCUGCCAGGGUGCAGCGUGGGCAGGCAGGACGCCUCCAAGCCCUGGGCUGCUGGACCAGGAGGAGGAGGAGGAGGAGGAGGAGGAGGAGGAGGAAGCAGCGGAGGGCCGAGGGGGUUUGGAGGAGGAGCAGGAGGCGAGGUGGACGAGGAGACCAAGAAGAACCAGAACAUCAUCAACAUCGUCAGAGAGGGACAGAUCUCUUUGCUGCCUCACCUGGCGGCAGACAACCUGGAGCUGAUCCGAGAUGAGGAUGCGAACAACCUGCUGCACAUCUCGGCCUGUCAGGGUCACGCCGACUGUCUGCAGCAUCUCACCUCUCUGAUGGGAGAGGACGGCCUCAACGAACGCAACAACCAGCAGCUCACCCCGGCUGGCCUGGGAGUCAAGAACGGUCACCUGGAGUGUGUGAGGUGGAUGGUGAGUGAGACGGAGGCCAUCGCUGAGCUGAGCUGCACCAGAGAACAUCCCAGUCUGAUCCACUACGCUGCUCGCUAUGGACAGGAGAAGGUCUUGCUGUGGUUGCUUCAGUUCAUGCAGGAACAGGCGAUCUCUCUGGACGAAGUCGACCAGAACGGAAGCACCGCCGUCCACGUGGCCGCUCAGUACGGACACCUCACCUGUAUACAGACUCUGGUGGAGUACGGCUCCAACGUGACGGUCCAGAACCAGCAGGGGGAGCGGCCUUCCCAGAGUGCCGAGCGGCAGGGACACACCACCUGCGCUCGGUACCUGGUGGUGGUGGAAACCUGCAUGUCGUUGGCCUCGCAGGUUGUUAAACUCACCAAACAGCUCAAUGAACAGGCAGCAGACAGGAUGACUCUACAGAAACAACUGCAGAGACUGAUGGACCCCACCAAGGCUGAGGGGACGCCUUCUAGAUCACCCAGCUCCCAUCAGCCCUCAGUGGAGGCGUGGCCAGAGAUGAUGCUGACAGUGGAGGGGACUGCAGCUGAUGGCUGGUUGGUCCGUCAGGCCGGGGCGGGCCCGGACCCGGUGCUGCGGCAGCUGCUGGGGAAGGACAUGUCGGACACGCUGGGUCCCAGGGAGAGGCUGCCUCCGGCGGGCGGUCCCGGGGCAGCCGGGGGGGCUGCCGCCGGAGCCCGCAGGACGGGGCUGGUGGAGAGGAGAGAGCUCAAACUAGCCAGACUCAAACAGAUCAUGCAGCGCUCUCUUAGCGAGUCGGACUCGGACGGUUAUCCUCCAGAGGACGGUAAAAAUCCAGGAGCCUUGGCGUCAAACACACUGCGACCUGAUAGGCCGUCGCACCUGCCAAUCGCAGAGGAGGAGCCGGCGUCAAACCACCUCAAUCAGAUGAUGAAGAAGAACCUCCCCUCCUCCUCUUCUUCCACGGUUGACAGGAAGCAGGCGUUUUCUCUCAGCGGGUCGAAGUCGGCGGACAGCGUCGGUUUGAACCCCUCCCCCACCUCCAGCGACCCCGAGGCGGCAGACGGUAAAACGCCAGACGCCUCCGGCGACCUCCCCGACGGCCAGAAAGUCGCCACCAGCCCCAAGAGCGCCCUGAAGUCGCCGUCGUCUCGCAGGAAGACGUCCCAGAACCUCAAACUGAGGGUGACCUUCGACGAGCAGGUCCACAAGAGCUCCAAUCAACCGGAGGCGGAGCAGACCAAAGGGCAUCAUGGGAAGGAGAGGACUCCAACGGGAAGCUCGGAAAGCAAGCGGCCGUUUGGGGCGUUCCGCUCCAUCAUGGAGACGCUGAGCGGAAACACAAACCACAGCAACAACAACAACAACAACGGUGGUGGUGGCGGUCAGUCGGGCUCCACCUGUCAGAACUCACCUGGCAGGAAGUCAGAGAGUAAAGGCAGCCCAGGAGGAGGAGGAGGAGGCGCCAAGGGAAAGAGCAGGACCAGUAACGUUUAACCAACUGGUUCUACUGGAACCAGAACCAACAGAGCAAACAGCAGGAGGCAAACAACAUGAGAAAUCUAGAUCUAAACGGUAGCAGUGACGGAUAAACGUCCAUAAAUCCACACUGGAUUUAACAUGGGAGGGUGCAGGUUGUCUCCACGCCGACCCUCCGACGUUCUAUACUUUCUGAGGAUGAAGGAUACGGAACAGAUAUGACGUCACGUUAUUCAGACUACAACAAUAAAAGCGGUUACUUCCUUCUACUUCCACAUAGACUCAAAUGAAGCAGAUAUAUCGAUUCUGUCAUUAAAAUAUUUAUUUCAAAAUUUCUAAAAAUAAUGGCGACACAGUAGGUGAAUUGAUUUUUUUAUUUGUUUUUGAGCGAUAUGACUUAUAAAUAAUAUUUUUAGGCUAAAAGGUCACUUAAAAUUAGCUUGACAAUUGAAUAGAAACCAACUACUGAGUGUUUCAGCUCAAAGAAAGAUUAAUAAACAGACCGUGAGUUAAGAUUAUUUUAUUAAACUACCAUCCCCAAGGUCAGUUAUGAACUUCAUCCAAUGAGCAGUUUGAUUUUGAACCGUAUUUCCUCACACUUCUGUGUUUAUACUCGCUAACCAUGAAAUUUCUCAUGUUCUUUGCCUCCGACGUUUGACUUUUGACUUUUGACUUUUUCUACAGUUUAUGACUGAAAGACAGAAACUUGUGUAUUUGAUGGCGUUAUUCAGAGACGAGAAGGACCUGAAGUAUGUUUCGUGUAUUAAUCAGCGUCCAGCAGAUUAAUCUCAUAUCUCCAUAAUACAACUUUUCAUCUUUUUUAGUUUGAUUUUGUUUCGGAUAACAAAGUUCAUCGGUCUAGUUCAGGGGUCAGCAAACUUUACUUUCAAAAAAAAAAAAAAAUCUGUCUGGAGCCGUAAAACAUGAUCAUUGUGAUGAAGGCAACACAGUUUAUAGUCUAAGUAUAUAGUAUAUAA